AUGGCAGACAGCAAAAAAACCUCGGCUUAUGAUAAAGUUGCAUUACAUGUAAGUUUAUAUUGGUUAACUAUUGAUCAACAUUAUGAUCAUUUAUACCAACAAUUAAAUCAAUGGCAAAAUGAUAUGAUUAAUAAAAUUAAUGAAACAUGCAAAAAUUCAAUAAUUACACUUACAACAUGUAAUGUUAUCCAAGAACCAGUCACUGAAUAUCGGCCAUUAGUUUUAUGUGAAUUGAUUUCUCCGCAUCUUCUUAAUUAUUCACAGCAAACAGUAUCACCAUUGGUUUAUGAGUAUGAACAAGCAAUGAAAGAUGGUACAUGGAAUUGGAAUAAAUUACCAGAUGAGCAUCAGAAUUCAACAGCUUUAAAAGUUGCAAAUAUCGAUGGACAAUUAGUCUCAUUUGAUAAUCGACGUUUAUUAGCAGCACAAAAUCUUGGUUUAACUCUAAUUCCAAUUAUUAAAAUUCAUUUAGAUGAUAUUAAACCUGGUACAACAACAACCUGGAGAAAAUUAUUUGAAAGACGUUUGAAACAAUCAAAAUUACCAAGUCAAGGUACGCGGACUAAACCAACCGUUAAAGAAUAA